GAGCCAAACCCAAGGAGGACGACUUCGGAGAUGACGCUUAUCACUUCGGGAUCAGGCACGCUUCGGGCUAGCUCCAUCCAACUGGCACCCUCCUCGUCGCGAUGGUUCUCUUCAAGCCCUGGUCAUUUCGUUUGGGUCCAGAAACGGAUCAAGGUUCAGUUGAGGACCGAUCAUCCGAGUCAUGGUAAAGCAGGACAAGUGAUUCGAGUCAAGCCAGGUCACAUGAGACAGCAACUUUUCCCCUCUGGACAAGCGCUGUACUGUGCGAACGACGGGAUCCCGAUCCAUCACUUCCAGCCGACAGUGCGACGAGGGAUGAAGGUGCCAGCGCCGGGCCUGUCCCGACCGUUGGUCGAGUUACUCAAGCGGCUUGGGGUCCAGAUGCCGAUCACCAGGGGCGAGCUUCGCGGGGCGCAAGCACAACUUAACGAGUGGAAACGAGCCGCCAAUCCGGCCAACACUCCAGCCCGUCCCCCAUCCUCCUCACCAGUCGAUCCGCUCCGCUCUUCUUCCCCUCAAUCCGUCCCGCUUCUGAAAGCUCCUAAGGGCCUCGAUCAAUACCUACACACGCUCAGUCAAUCCCUACGCUCUUCUCAUCAUCCUGCACUCGUCUUUAAACGCCCCGGACCCGAAAACUCAGACUCGCUUUACUCCUCUAUCAAGGCUGACGAAAUCAUCGCUGGACUGGUAGACAAAUUCGAAUUCGAAUCCGAUCAAUCUUCGUCUGUGUCCCAGUUCAUCAAGAUCGUCGGUUGCUCCGAUUCUUCUUCUUCCUCCUCUUCUUCUUCUUCGCUGGACCCCCUCCCCCCUCUUCUUAAAUUCAAACCUCUCAAACAGACCGGAUCUUAUGCUGUCGCGCUCUCCGUCGACGAUCCUCACUCAACUCAACGGUCGUCCAAAGAUCCCGAGCAUCGUCCUACUACUUACCUCUUCUCUAUUCUCGUUGAAAAAUGAAAGAAAAUCAAAUGAACUUAUAUGCUCUCAUCAUGGUUAAAAUUGUUGCCUUCGAAGCUCCAUACAAUAUGUCAUGCAGAUAACAUAUGUGCAUAAAAAAGUGGUAAUCAUUUCGUUGGCUUCAAAGAGAUCAAUUGAGUCCAACGGUUUUCCACGCAUUAACAAUAUACCACCAAAACGCCUUGUCCUUUUCUUUGGGCAAGAAUAAAGAGAUGAAUGUUUUUUGUGUGGGGGGUAGGGAUGGGAUCACACAUCAGAUAAAGAAUUCUAAAAAAAAAACAAUCAGACAACAUUACACUAUUACAAGAAAGAGGAUGUAAAGAGAAGAAGCACUUGAGUCAAGGAUAGAGUGGGUAGAAAUGUCAGGAGUUGAUUGGUACUUGGGUUUUACAUACUGGCUAGUUAAACAAACAUUUGUCCGUUCCUUAUUGUCUGAUGGAGAAAGAGAGAGAGAGUAAAUCGCACUGAUAUUUGUCUUUGGUAUUCGGUGUUUAAUCUAAGAACAAAGUCGGUAUUGAUAUAUUUGUUU